UUACAAACUAAAGUCUAAAACCCUCUCCUUCGUAUUGACUCGGCUCUCGUAAAGAAGGUUUUCUCACUCCAAAACCCUAAAUUCUCCGAAAUUUAGAGAAAAUUAAUCUGAGGUUUAGUUUAGGGUGUCCAUGGCGUCAAAGUUACCUCAGUUGCAAACUAAGUUGGCUCAGGCUUCACAGUAUGCGGCCAAACAUGGAGGUGCCUGGUACAAGCAGUUGGUGGAGCGGAACAAGCAAUAUAUCCAAGAACCACCCACCAUUGAGAAGUGCCAAACACUAGCAAAUGAGUUGUUUUACACUCGUCUUGCCAGUAUUCCUGGUCGCUACGAGUCCUUCUUGAAGGAAUUGGACUAUGUCAAGCACCUAUUUAGAAACAGGCAGGAGCUGAAGGUAGAGAAUGCUGGCAUUGGUGCUCUGUUUGCACUUGAGUGCCUUGCCUGGUUUUAUGGCGGUGAGAUUGUGGGGAGAGGAUUUACAUUCACAGGUUACCAUGUUUGAGUUGAUGCUCUAGGAAUAUAGACAUCCUAGUAGCUCGAUUAUGGAAGAUUCUUACACGUUGGUCGUCUGAAUGACCAAUGAGCUUUUACAAGCAAAAUUUUGUUUUCCAUAAAUUUGAAGUUGGCAGCUAGUGCAAUAAUUUUAUGACUUUUAUGAAAUUUCAUUUUGUUUCUCAAAAAAUUUCCUUUCCCUGCCAAGCCCACCACCACCGAUGAUGUCCAUGAAUGUUCUAUUUAAACCCAGAUGAGUCUAACUUGAUAGAUAAGAUAAAUAAGUUAUUGAGAAGGUUUAGGCCGGAGCAGGACAUUAUCUCUGGAAUCCUGUGGCACUAAGAUUUUGUUCCUAAACCUACUUGUUCCAUAUUUUUCUCCACAAGGCCAAUUUGUUUAGUGCGCCAUUUUAUGUGCAUUUUGUCAAAUAAAUCAAGAUGAGUUGAGUUAUCUCUGUGAAUGCAGUGACUCGGUUGAAAUUAGUGCAGCCAGCGAAUAGAAUUUGCAGUAAGAAUAUUUGGUGGACGUUGAAAUUACGUGAGAAUUGAUGGAAAGAGGACAAGAAUACGCACCUCUCAUAUACUACCAUCACAUGGAUCAUCAUCAGUUUUCAACAUGAAGCCAGUGAAGAAUAAGAACCUUUUUAGCUUUUUCUGAUUUUCCUGGUUUGACAACCCAUUUCAUUAUUUCAAAUGCAAAGAGAAUCAAACAUAUAUCUAACUUUUUGACAGGGAACAUGAAGAUCAACUCUCAU